UUCGCACAUGUCGACUCAAAGGCGGCUUACAGACUAGAAGACCUUUAAGGUCCUUUCCUGCUUUAUUCUAGUCGAUUGGAAUAGUCUAGGGUCUCCUGCUUUGUGCAGGGGGUUGGACUAGAAGACCUCUAAGGUCCCUUCCAGCUCUAUUCUGAUUGAACUAUUCUUUGGUGGCGUUUCUCUGGAUCUCUCCAAGUGGUUUCUUCCUUAAUUUUUGCACCGAGCAGGAUUCGACCCUGGAAAAACUGGACAUCUGCCGUGAAUUUGCAGUAGUGAAGUUCCUGGUAGAUGGAAUAUUUUUAGUGGGGCCCUGUGACCUGAGCAUCAAGGAAAUGCUUUUCGACACCGUGCCCGUGAGGCUCUAUCGGUGCAAAACAUCAAAUCCCGAGAAGAGACGAGGACUUGUGUGGAUUCACGGAGGAGCGGGCCUUUUUGGAAGCCUCAAAAGCUACGAAAGGCUGUGCCGUUUCUUUGCCCAGGAAAGUGCCACCGUGGUCGUAUCUAUCGGGUAUCCCUUGGCACCAGAACACCCCUACCCAGCUCAACAACGCAGCUGCUACGCGGCCGUAUCGUACUUCCUGGAGUACGCGCAGGACUUCGGCGUGGACCCUCAGCGGAUCGUGUUGGGUGGCGACAGCAGUGGAGGCUCCGUCGUGGCGGCCAUUUCUCAACAACUUGUGUUCAGGAAGGACCUGCCCCAGGUCAGGGCCCACGUGCUAAUCUACCCUUACCUCCAAGUUGUGGAUUUCAACCUGCCAUCUUACCAGCAAAACCAGUCAGUGCCCCUCUUACUCAUGAGAGAUAUGAUCCGUUUUGGCAAGUUUUAUCUCACCGGAAAGUCCUCCGACGUCGAUGGAGUGAUGGCCAACGCUCACGUUCCGGAACAUCUCAGGGCCAAGUACCAGAAAUGGAUCAGCGCCGAACUUAUUCCGGAAGAAUUUAAAGUCCGGGGUUACGUCCCUUUUGUACCUGGUCGGUUUUCAGAAGACCUCUUCAAAGAAUGCGAGAGAGCUUUUGAUCCCAUGUUUUCGCCACUCCUGAUGGAAGACGCCGUCCUCCGACGGUUUCCAGAGACGUUCCUUUUGACCUGCGAAUACGACGUUUUCCGAGACGACGGCUGGCUGUACAAGAAACGGCUGGAAGACAACGGGGUGCCCGUCACCUGGCAUCACCUGGAGGACGGAUUCCACGGGAUCACCUUGCUGUUAGGAUUUGGGCCACUGGAGUUUCCCGGGACGAGGAGGAGUCUCAAAAGUACCAUCCAAUUCCUCGAACGCUUCUAGAAACCCAACGUCCACCUUCUUCUGCUCUGUUCGUCUUUCCUGCUUGGUGACUUUGCCUGGUGUGUGUGUGUGUGUGUGUGUGUGAGUGGGAGGCACUCACGCACAACUCCAUUUGUGUGAGUGGCGUGUGUGCCACCCCCGCCACUCGCACGAAUGGAGCUCCAGGCAAGCUGUUGUAUUGGUGGAUUGUUCUCAUGAUCACAAAAUUCUUACUUACUUCCAGGUGACCUGAUCUGUGCCAGGUGACAUGAUAGCAGUCUUCCAGUAUUUGAGGAGGGGAUCAACUUAUUUUCCAAAGCACCAGAAGAGAAGAGAAAAUAGAAUAAGAAUAGAUAUGAAAUAGAA